AUGGCGCUGUGCGGCCGCUCCGCGCUCCUUCCGCCGCUCCCCCGGCACCGGCCCCGGCCCCGAGCCCCGGGGCCAUUCGUCAGCUGCAGUCGCCUCCGAAACAUUCAGAGCAUCCUGACACAGAGCAGCAAAUCUCAGCCUGAUGGAAUCCUCUGCAUUUUAGGGAUAGACAGUCGAUACAAUGAGGGAUGCAGGGAGCUGGCCAAUUAUCUGCUCUUUGGUUUGUACAACCAGAACAACAAUGACAUUGAAAGGACAGGCUUUCCUGAGGAAGUUCUGGAUGAUAUAAUCAUUUUAAUAAAACCUGACAGUGUUCAUCUGUACUGCAACCCUGUGAAUUACAAUCAUCUUUUGCCCUAUGUGGCACACUGGAGGAACUUGCAUUUCCACUGUCUGACUGAAAAUGAGUACGAAGAUGAAGAAGCUGCAGAGGAAUUCAAGAUUUCCAGCUUUGUGGACAUGGUCCGGGAUUGCAGCCGCAUCGGGAUCCCCUACAGCUGCCAAGGCCACCUGCAGAUAUUUGACAUGUUCAUCGUGGAGAAGUGGCCGAUCGUGCAGGCCUUCGCGCUCGAGGGCAUCGGGGGCGACGGCUUCUUCACCAUGAAAUACGAAUUAAUGGAUGUCAGUGCUGACUUGUGGAAAACCUACAGCAAAAUGGAUCCUGUAUCCUUGGAGGAUUUGCUUUUUGAGGAUUUAAUGAUUUUUGAGCACCAGUGGACCAACUUUUUUGCAAAUUUUGACACUGAAAUUCCCUUCAUUCUGGAACUCUCAGAAUCUCAGGCUGGGGAGCCCUUCAGAAGUUAUUUCAGCCAUGGCAUGAUCUCAAGCCAUAUAACAGAUAACAGCCCGAGCCGGCAGCCCUUUGUCCUGUUUGGCAGCCACUCCACAAAGGACAACUUGAACUCUGGCAACUUCAAUUUUCCAUCUGAAGGACAUCUGGUCCGAAACACUGGCCUUGGUGGAAGCACUGCUAAGCAUAUGGUAGUGCAGUGUGUAUCUCCAAAGGGACCUCUGGCUUGUUCAAGGACCUAUUUUUUUGGAGCUACUCACGUUCCUUUCCUGGGAAAUGACAAUGAGAUGCACAAGCCAGCUGAGCAAGUUACGCUGUUGUCGCAAAUAUAUUCUGCUGUUGUAGAGGCUGUGCUUGCUGGCAUUGAGUGCUAUGCUAAAACUUCCACUGAAUCCAAGGCAAAGGAGGUGGCAGAGCAGGUGCUGCUGUCUGUGUUAGACAGCCUUGGUUUAGCCCAGCUGAAAUCUGCUUUACGCUCCAAAAUUGCUUUUCACAUUCAGGCUGUGAACAACCAUGGCAGAAUUACUCCAUUAGAUAACGAGGACAGCCUGAGUUUGAUCAAAACGGCAUCCAUGACAGUGUUUGACAUUCCAGACCUGCUCACAGGAAGAGGAUGCUUGGGAUCUGUUGUGUUUUCAGAGUCCUUCCUGACAUCACAGAUCCAGGUCAAAGAAAAAGAUGGCAGCAUCCAUCCAGAUUCCAGGCACGUUAUCCUGACCGCAGCCAUCCCCAGAUUUGCUUCCUGGCUGGUUGAAGACAGUGAUGUGAAACUGUCUGAAAAGGCACAGCAAGUACUGAAGGAAGACAAAUCUUUCUUGGGCACUUUACUCACUGGGGAUGAUGGAGUUUAUAUCUGUUCCAGCAAUCCACAGGCCAUGCCUACAGAAGGCAAAUUGUAUUUCUUUUCUGAUGGAAUUCUGUUCUGUGAUCCCCACCACGGCAGCAUUUCCAUUUCCAAGAACCACAUGAGUUCCAUUUCUCUCUAUGAUGGGGAUUCCAACAGCAUUGUUGCUGCCCUCUUUAUAGACUUCAAAAGUUCCCUGCUUCCUCAUCUCCCCGUUGAAUUCCACACCCAGAACAACUUUCUGAUGAUUGCACUUUUCCCCAAAAGAAAGAUUUAUAAAGCUUUUUAUUCACAGGUUUUCUCUUCAUGGCAAAACCAGACAAACUCAGGAUUAUCUUUAAGGGUUGUCCAGGAAGAAUUCCUGUCUGAGGAACAAAAGAAAAUGCAUUCCAGUGUUCAGAAGCUCUUCAAUGCCUUGUCUUUUUCUUCUGGGGAAAGAUGCAGGGAGCUGAAACUGUCUGCUGCCAUUCCAGAAUUGGAGAGGUUUGUGCAGCACUUCACAGUCAGCAGUGUCAGUACCAAACCAGUGAUGAGAGCACAUCUUCCUGUCCUUCUCAAACAGUCAGACACCAUUUCUGACAGCAAAGCAGAAGGUGCUAAGGUGAUCAUCACCAUCAUCACUGGGCUGCCAGGAUGCCGUUCCAGUGACUUGUGUUCUUUCCUUGUCACUUUUACCAAGGAGCACGGGAGGUGGAUUGUUUAUAGACAGACCAUGGACAGUCCUGAGUGUUUCAGUGCCUCCCACUUCCAGCGUUUCCUGGCCGGGCUCCUGGAGGCUCAGCAGAACCUUGGGGUCCGUCAGGCCCCCCACAAUGGGAAGAGCAGGAGGCUCCUGGUGGUGCUGCAAGGGUACACUGAUGUCAUUGAUGUCGUGCAAGCUCUGCAGACUCACCCUGACCCAGAUGUGAAAUCUUCUUUCAUCAUUGGAGCAGUCAACACCUGUGUGGAACCUCUGAGCUGCUACAUGGAACACAGACUUCUUUUUCCCAAGUUCUUGGACCAGUGUUCACAAGGACUGGUGAGUAACGUGGUUUUCACAAGUCAUGCCACAGAGCAGAGGCACCCACUCCUUGUGCAGCUGCAGAGCCUGAUCCGAGCAGCAAAUCCUGGAGUUUCCUUCGUGCUGGCAGAAAAUGGAAUUGUAACGAGGAAUGAGGAUAUUGAAUUAAUUCUCUCAGAAAGCAGUUUUUCAAAUCCUCAGAUGAUGAGAGCUCGAUAUUUAAUGUACCCUGGCUGGUACGAGGGUAAAUACGGGGCUGGGCCUGUGUUCCCUCCCAUGGUUCAGAUCUGUGUGUGGUUCAGUCGCCCUCUGGAGAAAACACGAUUUGUGACCAAAUGCAAAGCAAUUAAGUCGUUGCUCAAGCCAAGUCCUUUUUCUGGAAACAUUUAUCACAUCAUGGGCAAAGUGAAGUUUUCAGAUGCUGAUAAAAUCAUUGAAGUCUGUCACAACACAGCAGCAAAUUCCCUAAGCCUGGUGCCUGUUCCGGAGGGGCCAACUCCUCCUGAUUCCAGAAAUGAUCCCAGAGAUGGCAGCAGUCAGCAGGAAUAUUUCCUUGUGUUCAUUGGCUGCUCCCUGAAGGAAGAGGAUAUCAAAGAUUGGCUCAGAGAAACUGCAAAGCAGAAACCUCAGAGGAAAGCCCUGAAAACCAGAGGAAUGUUAACCCUUCAGGAAAUCAAAAACAUUCAUGUGAAACGCCACUUGGAUCCACUUCCAGCUGGUUAUUUUUACAAUGGGACUCAAUUUGUGAAUUUUUUUGGUGACAAAAUGGAUUAUCAUCCAUUAAUGGACCAGUUCAUGAACGAUUACUUGGAGGAAGCCAACAGGGAAAUUGAGAAGUACAACAGGGAGCUGGAGGAGCAGGAGUACCACGAUCUCUUUGAGCAGAAGACUUAA